UCCUCCCCACGCCAGCGCUGCGUAGACAAGCUGUUCCGGGCUAUCACAGCCCGAGUCUCGCUGCGGAACCACUCCGGGAUCGUCAUAGCCCCUGAGCAGGUUACUAGGUGGCACCACUGUCAUACGAUCGUCAGCGCCUCUGGCGGCAAUAAUACCAACCGAUGGGAAGUCGCGGCGGGCGGACAUCCGGGAGUGCACGGUGCUGUCGUAAGUCAGGAUCAGUAGCGGCAGGAUGCCUCCCAUCGUGUUGUUUUGCGGUUUUAAACCUAUUAAUGCGCUUGACUCCUUUUUUCGUGAACAAGGGUUGAAAAAAGGUAGAAAGCUUCUCGAAAGCAAGCAUGUGUAUGCGGCGAAAGAGACGUAUGGCCGUGACAUUUCGGCUAAGUGCCAUUCGCAGCAAGGCAAGAACGUGUACGACAUCACGAUUCAGCUGAAUCCCGUGUCGCGCGAGAUCGUCGACAGCACUUGCAACUGCCGCUACGGCGCCCGCGGCGACUGUAAACACGCCGCCGCGGUCGCCUUGUUCGUCAGCGAGGAUGAAGUUGCGACAUGCACGAGUCUUCCUCAAGCUUGGGGAAAGCCGUUGGGAAAGCCAACACUGAAGGACAAGGCUCCCAUCAGUGAACUUUUUGGAGAAGACCGGGUGUUUGCUGGAGGGAGGCCACCAGCUCGUUUCCCGCCAGCUUAUAUUAUAAGCCACUUCGACGGCAUAAACUCACCGUUCACAAAUGUGCUAAAACAGAUGAACAGGUGCCAAGUGGACCUGGAGUGCGAGAGAUUACUUCAGGACAUGGUGGGUGCAGCCGUUGGGAUAGUGGAGGAACUGACCGUGCUGGAGCUUCUCCCAAGUGCAGAGAUGCCAGCGUACCAUACCCUAGAGGUGACCGGGACAUAUCCCGUACUUCGGGUGGCCCCGAAAGACCACUCGGCGCACAUGAGUCGACUGGAGGCCUCGUUUUUUUAUAAUAAUGUUGUCUGCUCCAGCCCCCUGAGCUUGUGUAUGGCCACACUGCAGCAGUCGAAGUGUGCUAGGUGGUACAAAGAGCGGAAAGUGCGAAUCACGAGCUCCAUGGCGCACACCAUUUUGAGAUCCAGGAAGACCCCCGAGGACCUCUCCAAGAGCCUGCUUGGUGCAAAAUGGUUUUCAUGUGAUGCUACACGUUAUGGCUUGCGAACCGAGCCAGUGGCGAGGAGUGCAUUUGAAGUGAAAGUCGGGGCCCGUGUUGUGGAGGUGGGGCUGCUUGUGCACAACCAGCAGCCAUGGCUGUGUGGCAGCCCCGAUGGUCUUUUUGCGACCGGUGAAGGAACCAUUCUACUUGAGAUCAAGUGUCCGCACUCCAUCAAAGACUCUGCGGUCAUAGAUUCAACCGCUGAGGUUACCUUCGUGAAGUACCUCGUGUACAAAGAGGGUAGGCUGUGUUUACGGCGCACUCACAAGUACUAUACUCAAAUUCAAGUCCUCAUGUACGUCCUUAACCUGGGAGAGUGCUUUUUCUUUGUGUACACGAGUGUGGACAGUGCAAUUGCUGCUGUGGAGAGAGACAACGUUUUCUUGGAGACAGCCAUCCGGCACUUGGAAGGCUUCUUUUUCUGUCAUUACUUGCCAGCAAUUGUUAAGAAGUACUGUACAUAAUCUUCCCCAUCUCCAAGUGUGUUUGUAGUUGUUUUUUAUCACAUGUAACAUCAACUUGGAAGCGAGUCGUUUUCAUAGUCAUUUGCUGAAAAGGGGGGACAUUUUUUUCAAUAAAGAGUGCCAUCUUGCAUGUAGAGGAGUAAUAACCCGUGUUACUUAUUUGUACUUAAAAUAGGAUAGAUAAGAGUUUUUUUGUAUUGCUUGUCAUGAAAUAAGCUCAUGCCAUUCUUUUGAGAAGCCCUUUUAU